GGCACGCGAGAGGCCGCACGAACCGCGGUCGCGUGCCGUGCCUUCCCUCGUCUCGGGCUCCCGUGCCGUGGCGGACCCGCGACAGUCGCACGCCGACCGCCGUCCGUGACGCACGUAUUUUACUUCCACCAAUUAUCGCGGCUACCAAAAGUUUAAAAAAAUAUGCAGUGACUUUAGAGUGAGUGUAACGAUGGUGACUGGUAUAUCGGGAAGCCCGCAGCAGGGCGCGUCCAACCCUGUGGCCAACAUGACUGCGCCGGCGGAACAGAAGAAAACUAGCGAUAAUAGAAGGAGCAACAAGCCUAUUAUGGAGAAGCGGAGGCGUGCGCGCAUCAACAACUGUUUGAACGAACUCAAGGCGCUCAUCCUCGACGCUAUGAAAAAAGAUCCGGCCAGACACUCGAAGUUAGAAAAGGCUGAUAUUCUAGAAAUGACAGUAAAGCAUCUCGAAGGUCUUCGUUCUGAGGCGGCUUCCCCAGAUAGGUUCCGUGCUGGUUACCGUCAAUGUGUGUCUGAAGUGGCCAAGUUCCCGGGCUUAGAAACCGGGUUGAGGAGGAGACUUGUGAGACAUUUAGAGAGCUGUUCAGUCACCCCGGGAACUAGGCCGCUGGGAGCCCCGACGCCACCUUCAGACCCGGAAGAUGCAGCUCCUACUCAUUCUACUAUACUCAUAUCAGCGGGUCCCGGUUCAGGUGUGCGCGUGGUGCCAACGAGAUUGUCCAACGGGGACAUAGCACUAGUGUUGCCCGCCGGCGUUAGCGCAAGUACCCUAGGAAGCGUCCCCACUCUCGUGCCACUCUCCCCACGAGAUGCCUCCUCAUCCUCCUCUUCAGAACCCAGGUGUUUCUCCCCCGCCAGCUCCGGCUGGAGUACCCCCCCUCCUCCCACAGAAGAACCAGCCCCUUUAGCACUCGUCACCAGAAAACAACCCCCCGAAGACAAACCAUGGAGACCGUGGUGACAUCCCCCUCAUUCCUUCACUCGAUUCUGUGAUAUAGUCUUAUUUCACUGUACAUACUACAGAGUAUUAAAGUUCCUAGUAUAAUACAUAAACAAUUAAAUAGAAAUAUUUGUCGAUUUUAUAGAGUUACUGUGAGGUCAGUACGAGUGUGUGAUACGUUAGUUUUGUUAAUAACGAAAGUUCUGUUUUUAGAAGUUGAUUUAAGUUAUACUAAGUGUAGAUUUUGUGGUUGACAUCUGUGGCAGUAUUUCAUGUAUGUAAAGGGGCACUGAACCCAAAUUAAAUUAUUUACGUUACAUAGAGAUAAAUUAUUAGGACUUAGUGCCAUGUACCUUUAUAGUUUAUUACAAUAAUUAAGACAGAUUUAGUUACGUUUAUCAGUACAGUAUCAAUAAAACGGCAGCAUAGAAUUCUACGUGCCUUACAGCAAAAUCGUAUAGUCUUCCAUUAUGUUUAAGUUGUUUCGAUACUUCUUAUGUAGCGAAAGGAAAGUAUUCUUAUUUUAUAUUUACUCGUCUAACAUGUUGAACUAGAAUAUAUGAUUAUAUUUUCUAUUUCCGCUAUAUAUAGCUUAAAUGUAUAAUUAAAAAUAUUCUAAUUUUGUAAUAAACGAGUGACAUUAAGCCAGUUUAUUUGCAGUCAAUUUAUUGUAAACAUCUAUUUUUAUAGCGUUAUACAGAAAGGGAGUAUCGAAUUAAGUUAGUGUAUAAUGAUAGCAGUGUAAAAAUCGUAUUAUUUAAUAAAAUAAUAAUGUGCUCAACAAUAUAAUUUGUUACCGAAUAAACCAGUAGUCGUAUAGUCUUCCUCCGCCAGUUACCGCGCUCGGGCACUUAUUAAACAUUUAUUAUAUAUUAUUUAUAAUAAAAACGCGGAUUUUGUUCUAUAAACUUGUGAAACAGGCUUUUAAUUUUAUAGAACGUAUGAUUUUAUCGUAUGGUAGGUUUUUAUAAUCGUUAAUUUCUACGAACAACCUUAAUUAUAGACAAUUUAUUUUAUUAAUUUGAUGCCUGUAUCUAUAUUUUAUAUGGAAAUAAUAAAGUGAUAUUAUUUAAGAUGUGUAAAUGUAAGCUGAUGUACCUAAAAGAAAGUAUACCUACGACAUUAAUGUAAAAAUAAAAUUAUUCAGAAAUA